AUGUGGAUAAAGUAUUCGCAGCACAUCGAUCGUUUCGACACGGUUACGAGGAAGAUGCACCGUCUUGGGACUUCACAACAUCGUUGUUCUUUACGGCAACGAUGCUCACCUCGAUUGGUUAUGGGUAUGUGGCUCCGUUCACGGUCUAUGGACGUCUAUUUGGGGUGGUUUAUUGCCUUAUUGGUUAGUACUUUUUGUGAUUGCAUUCUAUUUGCUAAUGUUAGCCGUCGUCGUCGUCGCUGUCCAAUCGAAUGA